AUGGAUCAUACAACGAAGCUACAUACGGAGAACCUCGUCUACAUCUUCGAGAUUGUACAUUCAGCUCUCGAUGCCGUUGAACCUGAUGAACGGACUCAUUCGCCGACGAUGUCGUGGAUCUCUGCUACUAGCCACGUCUGCUCACGUUGGCGCGCGGUGGCACUUGGCACUCCGACUCUCUGGGCAGACAUACCAGUCGAUCUGGGUGUACGAUGGGCCAAUAAAUUCGUGCAGCGCAGCCGGCCAGCCCCAAUGUCGAUCAACAUCCCCGCCUCUAGGUCUUCACAGCUGGAUGUGAAGAUGGCAACCUUCUUCCUCAACGAGCUCAUCCCUAAACGUUUCCGCAGAAUACGCAAGCUCGUCGCGUACGACCUGCCAGCAUGCCCGGCGUCGGCGACACUCUCCCUAUCAUGGCCCGCGCUCGAAACUCUGGAUCUUCGAUUCAAUAGUCGUCCUCCUAUAGCCAAACUACUCGAUGGCAGGGCUCCCUCCUUGCGCUGUCUGAGACUGCAUGUUCGUUUGCCUGACGACUCGCGCUGGAUGAUCCCUGCUCUCCAUCGCCUACGAGUCCUGGACAUUGGAUUCGCUUAUGGUAUAGAUGACAGAUCGAUGAAUGACUUUCUCGACGCGCUGACACGUAUGCCCGAUCUGAGGCACCUUCGCAUCAAAGCUCAACUACCAUAUAUCAACCCUCCGGCCCGAAUAUGCUCGUCAUGCGCGACACGGACAGUCUUGGUCCCCCUUCGCGCAUUUGCUUGCUAUAGCACACCGUACACGAUGGUACACAUCAUGCAGCAUCUCAUGUUGCCACCAGACGUCAAAGUCAUGCUUUGGCUUUCAGACACGCCCGGUGACAGGCCGGAUGGCCCAUACCUCGCAGAGAAGUUGGCCAUAUUGUGCUCUAGACUACAAUCUUGGUUUGCUCGCACUGAAUCGGACAGAUCUUCCCCAUUCAUUGCUGCUGGGAUCAUGGGAGAUAAAGAUCUAUGGACCCCGAAGAUCAGCCUGUCGCGCUCCAUCAAUUCUCUGGGGCAUCUAUCCAUGUCCUCAAGAGGGGGGCUGUGGAAUCUAGGCACUGAAGAUCUCUACCCAGAACUAUCGAUUGAGUUUCCGUUCUCCGUUCGCAACAUAUGGGUGGCAGUCGUAAUGGACACAAUUAGCCAACUGGCCCCAGAUGGGUAUUGCGGGCUGUCACUCAACUUAGGCCAACUCCUUCCAGACGAAGGAUAUCAGUUCCUGCGCCACCCAGUCUUUCAGCGCGUGCAAGCGCUCUCUGUUGCAACACCUUAUCCGGGACUUCUGGCGCUGCAAGGCUACCUGCCUGAGAUACAAGUGCUAGAUGUCCGCACGCCCGACAUCAUGGAUGUAUACUUGGGGAAGCAGGAUUCGGACGCCAAUUGGGACAAGAUGGUGUGCGAGCUAGAGAAGAGACGCGAGCGAAACCCGCUGUCCGCCCUCUACCUUCAUCUUUCCGAGGCCAUUACACUCGUGCGCAACGGCCAGCAUGCACAUCCUCAGCAUGGAGAACAAGAUGUUAAGGGCGCAGUUGAGGCGAUAGAGGCUGUUCCGGAAGUGCGAGUGGUUCCGCGCGAUAGCGAUGUUGAUUUCGUAGUCCCUCCAUCUUGA